UAGCGUGGCACACGUGCGCAAUGUGAUGUCAACAAUUUAUAACGUAAUAUGUGAGACGUGCAUUUUAUAUAGCACGCAAUCGUAGAAAAUAUGAAUAUUUUAUGGUUACAUUGUUACUAAUGUCAAGAUGGUGUAAUUCUUUGUGUAAUUUCAAAUAGAAAGCGAAAACAUCGGAAAGUUAUAGAUUAAAACUUCUUAUGUGCAACGAACACAAUUUGCACAUUUUGUCAACGUACUGAUUAGUGACUUUUGGACUCUUCAUAUACAAGUAAAAAUCAAUUAAAUUAACCCAAAAAUUUAGUAUCACGAAUUGUGAAACUGUUAAACGUGCAGUAUUAAAAUGACAUAACCUAACAUAACCUAAAAAUUUUCUAACUCUACUGAUAAAUUGUUCCUCUGCCAUUGUAUAUCGGCAAAUUAUAAAUUUUGAAAAAUAUGGCGGGCCAACAACAUCCUUUCCCUUCUGGAUUUCCUAAUGUACAGCAAUCUGCAAUGCGAACACAGUUUGGUGGAGGACAAAUGGUAUCCGGUUUAAUGGGGCCUCAACAGGGCGGUAUGGUGAGCCCUCAACAAUUUGGUGUUGGUGUAGGAGUAGGAGUAGGUGUGGGUGGUGUAGGUACAAAUGCAAUGGGUAUGCCUACUCAACAAGUAUUAGCACAACAGCAACAACAACAACAAUCUGUUGCAAUGCAACAACAGAUGCAGCAGAUGCAACAACAACAAUUGCAAUUGCAGCAGCAGCAGCAAGCAGCUAUGGUACAACAGAAUAAUCAAACAAAUAAUCAAGCAACUACGCCGCAAACACCUGUACCUCCUACGCAGCCUCCACCACAACAACAGCAAACUAAGGAAUUUAACACUGCCAGUUUAUGCAGAUUUGGACAAGAAACUGUCCAAGAUAUCGUCAGCCGCACUUUAGAAGUGUUCCAAACAUUAAAAGUCUUACAACCACCAAAUGGAAUGGCCCAAGGAACAAGUGUAGCUAAUGAGAAGAAGAAUAAGGUGCAAGAACAACUAAGGACGUUAAAACUGUUAUUUAAGCGUUUAAGACUGAUUUAUGAAAAAUGCAAUGAAAACUGCCAAUUACAAGGUAUGGAGUACACACAUAUAGAAAGUUUAAUUCCUCUAAAAGAAGAAUGGGACAUGAAAUCUGAUGAGAAAAAGACAUCCGAGGCUUACAGACUGGCUUGUGAAGAAAGCAAAGAAAUCAUGGAGCAAGUUGUAUUAAAAAAUAGGCAUCUUAAAGAAAUCAUUGAUCAUCUACGACGUAUCAUUUCAGAAAUAAAUACGAUGUUGAACAUGCGACGAUCUUAAACUAUGAAUUGUACAUAAAUAUUUGUGUAAGUUAUUAUAAAAUUGCAUUAAAAAUAACAAUUUAUUUCCUAUGUAAAUUAAAAUUAUUACGAAUCUAUUACAUACCUCUUAUUAAUGCAUCUAGAGAAAUAUCAUUGGAUAGCAAUAGGGCUUCAGGAAUUUUUUCUACUUUUAUUCUGAAAUUACGUAUAUAGACUCCUAAGCGGUCUAUGUCAUAAUUUCGAUACUCAACACAAGCACGAGCAUUUUCAUGUAAAUAAAAUUCUUCUUUUCUACCUGUAAGAUAUACAGUUCAACUUAUGUAUGUUUAAUUUUUGAUGUAAUUGUUAAAUGUAUAAUUCUAGAACAAAGAUGAUUUUCUCUGAUCAGAAAUACAAUUUAAUAUUUUUA